AUGGAUUUUGUGGGUAGGGACGACAUCAUUGCACAAAUAGGUGCCGUCUUGAAUCCCAAGGCAAGCAAGCAGUCCCGGCAAUCCACUACUGCUCUCACUGGGCUUGGAGGAAUGGGAAAGACGCAGUCAGCCUUAGCAUACGUUUUCAAGAGUUGGGACCUCUUCCAUGCCAUAUUAUGGAUCCGAGUCGACUCUCGGGAGAAGAUUCUUUAUACCUUCGCAGAUUUCGCGUUUGAGCUGGGUCUAGUCGAAAAUAACUUCACCGAUCAAAACACAGCACUAGAAGAGGUCAUGAGAUGGUUCGAAAAUACAGAUGUCCCCUGGCUGGUUGUGUUUGACAAUGCCGAUGCCGAGGACGACAGCAAUAUGACGCUAGUGCAGGAAUUCUGGCCCAGAGCGACAGGCGGGUCCAUAUUGAUCACCACACAGGAUAAGAAACUUGCAGUUACUUUUGCCCAGAAGAACAUCAUUCAACUCGAGCGCCUUGAGACCACGGAGGCAAUCAAGCUACUGUGCAGAACCUGGGAUGAGCGUACCCUGGAUUCAGAGGCAGAAUCAAACGCGACUCGACUGAUCCAAAGUGAGGGGCUCACCUUCAAUGAAUUCCUCCUGCUCUACGAUAAAACCACUCUGAUAGACUCAUCUGACCCAAACAGAGCACCGUCACUUCGAUAUGACCACAGCCUUCAGACAGUGUGGAAUGUGGCAUUUCAAAUGCUGAAGAAGGACCCCUUAGUCGGUAGGCUGGUCAACAUUAUCUCAUUCCUGGAUACGGAAAGAAUUCCCGAGAAGUUGAUAUCUUCUGGAGUAGAUGUAAGCGAUGAUGAAAGGCUCAGUUUCUUGAAAGGCGCGAAGAAUUUCAUUCGCUAUCGCUCCAAACUAAUUUUCAGUGCUCUGGUCUACCGAAACGAGGACCUGAGGAUGAUCUGGAUGCACGGAUUGGUCCAGGAAACUUGUCACAUGCGGAUGACUCACGUUCAAAAGCAAGAGGCUUUUGAGCUUGCCACGGAGAUAUUGCAAAAUGUUUGGCCGAUUCCAGAGAUGCACAACCGUAGGCAAAAUAGUCUUUGGCCAAAGCAGCAGGAUCUUGUAUCACACGUGGUUUGCCUUGGUCAAUUCUACAGAGAGUCCCAUUCAAGAUCCUCCGAUGCUGCUAAGCCCAAUGGGUUGCGGCCAGAUAAAAAGUUUGCACAAUUGCUGUAUAACGCGGGAUGGUACUUUGUCGAAACAGAUCUUCUGUCCUCGGCAGAAGCCCUGCUAAGUCUGGCGAAAGAAGUCUGCGAGACGUCAAUCAAAGAUCCGGAGCUGAUUCUGGCGGACAUAUACGGUGCCUUCGGAGGAAUAGAUUCUGAGCGAAAUGAGCUACGCAAGACAUUGGAGAACUUCCGGAAACAGUACAAGUACCUGCAAAGGGCUUUCGAUAAGAAGUUAUUAACUCGUCCCAACGUUCGAGAAGCCCUCGCUUUGGGUGGACUUGCACAAGGGCAUGCUGGGCUAGAUGAGCUACCGGAAGCCGAGAAAUACUUCAGGCAAUGUAUUGCCGUAUGGGAAGAGUGCCCUGGGGACUCCACAAUUUACCAGUCUCAUCUUGGCACCUGCCUUGCUUUUCAGGGGAAGCUGGAUGAUGCCGAGAAGCAUUUGGUUAACCUGAUUGAGGCACGAGCAAUCAAGUUCGGACCACGAGAUACAACAUCGUAUCGAACUGGUCUUCUUUACUAUGCGCUCGGAAACGUCCUUCGAAGACAGGAGAGAUUAGAUGAGGCCUACGAGAUAGAGAAGGCUUGUCUCAUGAUGUGGCUUACGACUUGCGGGCAAACCCACCAUUACACAGCUGAAGCUUACUACAAGGUUGCAUGGCAUCUCCAGCACCGAAUGGAGUAUCAGAAGGCCAGAGAAAUGUAUACGAAGGCGCUUGACAUAUACAACAAGGAUGAGAUGCUAUACACAAAUGAAAUUGCUCGGGUUGAGUAUAUGCUCGGUACAACCUACCGGCAAUGUGGCAUGACAGAGCUCAGCAAAGCUUCGCUUAGGAAAUCUGAGGCUCUAGGGAAAUCCAUUAAAGGUAAAAGCUGGACGCCUACUGGCGAAGAGAGCUAUGAUUCGAUAGUUAGCUUUUGGUCUAGAUGA